AUGUCGCUGCUUGAGAGAUUGGUAAAUGAUGAAAUAAGAAGGAAAGCAGGCUUAGAAAAGAGGUCAGAGGUGAUAAGAGAGUCCCGAUUGAGGUGGCAUGGGGAUUGGGGAUGUUUUGAGGAAGGAGUGAAGAAGAGGGCUUGGGAGGAAUCUGUUGGAGGAAGAUCAAGAGGGAGACAGAGAAUGAGAUGGCGAGAUAGAGUAAAGGAAGAUAUGGAGAGAAGAGGUUUGGUGGAGGAUGAUGAUGCCUAUGAUGGAGGGCAGUGGAAGAGGAGGAGAAGACGCAUCAAGCAACCAACUCCUUAA